AUGGGGACUCCUACGCCGGCGGCCACGCCUCCCCCGAGAUUUCCCGACUAUUUUGGCCCACAACAUGCAAGAGAGAAUAGCUCCAAUUCGAAUGGUUCCUACGAUCCACGCCGGUCUCUUGUUCCUGGAGUUCGUCGCUAUCCGACACGGAAAAUCAAACUUGUACAUGGUUAUGUUCUGAGCGCAGACUAUCCGGUGCCGAGCGCAAUUCAAAAUGCCGUACAAAAGAAAUAUCGAGAUUCGUCAGACUUAAACGAAGAAUUCUCUCAGUUACGAUAUACCGCCGCUACUUGCGAUCCGGAUGAAUUCGUCUUGCGAAAUGGCUAUAACCUCCGUCCAAUGAUGUAUAAUCGACAUACAGAGUUGCUUAUCGCAGUGACCUGUCGAAGCGAAAAUAAGGUUCUCACCGCUCGAACUUUGCACGGAGUAAUGCAGAAUAUUCGCGACAUCAAUAACCUCAAAAAGUCGGAAUUCUGGAACCAGGGAGGUCCAGCGUGGCAAAAGAUCGUUGUUUGCCUUGUGUUUGAUGGAAUUGAUGCUUGCGAUAAGAACACACUCGAUACACUAGCCACGAUCGGCGUCUAUCAAGAUGGCAUCAUGAAGCGAUCAGUCGAUGGCAGAGAGACUACCGCGCAUAUCUUUGAAUACACCACACAACUUUCUGUCACCGCGAGUCAAGGCUUGGUUCGUCCGCAAGGAGACGAUCCUUCUAACCUUCCACCAGUCCAGAUGAUUCUCUGUCUGAAGCAGGAUAGUAGCAACAAGAUCAACUCUCACCGUUGGGUCUUUAACGCCUUUUCUCGCAUGUUGAACCCGGAAGUGGUUGUUCUUCUUGACGCUGGUACAAAACCCUGCAAAGAAUCCUUUCUCUCUCUGUGGCAGUCAUUCUAUAACGACAGAAACCUCGGUGGAGCCUGUGGUGAAAUCCACCCUACUCAGGGGAAGAAGAGCGCUCUAAAUCCUUUUGUUGCCGCCCAAAACUUUGAGUUAAAAAGAUUGAACAUUCUUGAAAAACCCCUGGAAAGUAUUUUCGGUUACGUUUCUCUGGGGGAGUUUUCUGCUUAUCGGUAUAGGGCUAUUAUGGGUCGACCGUUGGAGCAAUAUUUCAAUGGUGAUUUGACGCUAUCGAAAAAGCUUGGCAAAAAAGGCUUUGAGGGAAUGAGCAUCUUCAAAAAGAACAUGUAUUUUGCUGGAGACCGAAUCUUAGCUUUUGAGCUGGUGGCCAAGGCCGGUUUCAAAUGGCACCUGGCCUUCGUCAAGGGGUCACGAGCAGAGAUUGAAGUUCCAAAAGAUUUCACAGAGUUUAUUGUGCAACGACGCCAAUGGCUUAACAGUGAUCUCGCUGCAAACCUAUACACUUCUAUUCACCUUGGUCGGCUUUAUCAGAGCGGCCACAACAUUUUCCAUUUGGCAUUCCUUCAUCUCCAGAUGCUCUAUAAAUUCACUCAAUUCGUGAUGUCUUGGUUUUCGCUUGCUUCGUAUUUCUUGAUAACAUCGAUCCUUAUGGGUCUCGUGGGUACCCCAAACGAAGCAAAUGGUCAGCGGGCAUGGCCCUUCGGCAAUGAAGCCUCCCCAAUUCUGAACAAUUUCCUCAAAUAUAUCUACGUGUUGCUGUUGGUCUUGCAAUUUAUUUUGUCUCUUGGCAAUCGUCCUAAGGGCUCUCGCUUGGCGUAUACUUUCUCGUUCAUAUACUUCGCUAUCAUUCAAGUAUAUGUCACUAUUUUGGCAUUUUACCUUGUGAGCCAGGCCACAACAAAAAUCACAUUCAGUAUGAUGGUACAUGAGCAUGAGCUUCUCUCCGAGGUCUGGGAUAACCUGGGCUCGAGUUUGAUCUUAAUUGGUUUGGUUGCCACAUAUGGUGUGCAUUUCAUUACAAGCUUUCUAUACAUGGACCCCUGGCAUAUCUUAACAUCCUCUUGGGCCUAUUUUGCAGGAACAACAUGUGCCUCAAAUAUUUUGAUGGUUUACGCUUUCUGCAACUGGCACGAUGUAUCAAUUGGAACAAAAGUGGUUGACAAGAUUGAAGCCCUGCCGGAAGCUCAAGUCCAAAAGGAUGAGAAGUCCAAAUUCGUGGAGGAAGAGGAAAAAACGCAGGCAGAUAUUGACACGAUGUUCACUGCUACAGUCAAACGAGCUCUGGAAAGAUUUGAGCCACCAAAGGAAUCCGGCGCAAAGGAUGUUGAAGAUUUGUACAAAGCUUUCCGAACUUACCUGAUCCUACUUUGGGUUUUCAGUAACCUGCUCAUGGUUCUUUGCAUUAUGUGCACCACUAUAAGUCGGUUCUGUCUCUCGACACUUCCGAACAUGCGGAUAUGGAAUUAUCUGCUCGCAGUUGUGUGGGCAACAGUUGGGAUUUCUCUUUUCCGUUUUGUAGGCUCUCUCUGGUUCCUAGCCAAAUCGGCCGUCUUCUGCUGUGUCUCAAGGCGAUAA